UUUGUAUAAACUGUAUCAAAAUUUAACACGUGCUUUGAAACCUUUCUACGUGCACAUUUUUUGCACAGCGUUUGAGAAUAAUUUUUAUAAUAUCCAAAACACGACAGCAAGCAACGCCACCGCUAGUUUCUGCUGCUGAUUUCAAAUAAUCCCCGUUGAAUUAAAUUUGCUUCCACUUUAACCGGAUUUUUGUAGUAAAAUAUAGCAAAAGUAGUAAAAAAUGAGGUACCAAGCUGAGGAAUCGAUUUACUCUCUCGUUCCCAGAAAAGCGAGACAGACUGAAAAAGCUGAAAGAUAUGUCUCGAAGAACAAGAGCGGUAACCUUGUGGGAGAAUCGACAGUGGACCAGCAGAGGGCCAAGAAGGAGUCACACUUGACGAUGGGACUGGCGAAUGAACACGCAGAUGUCGACCCCCACUCCUUCCUGAAGAAGAAACAGACAGAGCCCAAGUCAAAAGAACCUGUCAAGACUACUUUCCCGAGUGAUGGUGAACCGAAGAAGUCUUCCGUGCCGCGGGCCAAGGAUGCUCCCCCCCUGAUGGGCAUCCAGAGCACCAAGAACUUCAUCACCACCAAUGCCGUGGAGAACAUCAUGGCAGUGCCCAAGAAGCCGGCAGCCAACAUGGCCGACACCAGACACGGCGACAGCUUCCCGCUGGAGGAGUCGGGACUGGUGCCCAAGUACAGAAACAAGAAGGACUUCGGGAAUACUCCUGGCUACAUAGUCAAGAGGGCGGAGGAGAUGAAAAGAGCCCAGGAAGAGUACGACGGAUACGUCAAGGAACACAUGAGGAGAGGCGCCAUGAAGCAAAUCACAGCAGACGAGCACCACGAAAUCCUGCAAGGACUGAAGAAGAACUGGGAGGAGGCGAUGUUGCAGUACCAGUGUCUGCCGGUGGUAUGCGACAACCUCUACCGCAAACACACCAAAGAGAGACUGGAAGCACAGCUGAAGAACAUCGAACGAGACAUCGAACUGUUCGAGAAACACAGGAUGGUAUACGUCGCUUAAAAUACACAUUUCGCUACCACCGCAACCAGCCUCCACUUUCUUUUUGAUGAUACAGCUCUCUCGUUGUUAAAAUACAAUUGAUAUUUGUUAAUAAA